AGGCGGCCAAAACAUCAAUUGGUUACAGUACGUGUCACCUUGUGCGUGGGUUUCAGCUGGCUUCAUGUAUAAAAGAGCUCGCAUCAUAAUCUCUCGGCGGUAGCGAGAUGUUGGCUCAAUACGACCCAAAACACACUCCACUACUGCACAAACCGAGCAGCACUUUCUGAAAUGAGUGAUUUACAAAGCGGUUUCUUAUCUAAGACCGAACAGUGCAGAUGACGGCAUCGCUGCAACUUUUCAGAAAGCAACUUUGCCAAGAUUUAUAAAUCCAGAGACUUGUUGUGUUUUUUUUUUUAACAUUAUAAUGACCCGUUACAUGUCUCUUCCUUACUUGACCAAAGCUUUUCAAAGGUCAAGUAACUUACUUAACAUCAGUUUAUCUGGAUUGCCUUUAAUGCCUAACAGGUCGACUUUCUUUCCGUGGGGCAACUUUAGUCUGGACGAUUGGGAGAGCUUUGUAGGAUCGGCUAAAUACGAGGCAGAAUCUCAAAAUGCAACAGUCAAGGCUUUUCUUAUCGUGGCUUAUUCGGUCAUGAUAGUUAUCUCCCUCUUUGGGAAUGUUCUUGUGUGCCAAGUCGUGAUAAAGAACAAACGGAUGCAUUCUGCUACCAGCCUGUUCAUUGUUAAUCUCGCCGUCUCGGACAUCAUGAUAACUCUUCUUAACACUCCUUUUACACUGGUCCGGUUCGUUAACAGUACCUGGGUGUUCGGAACGGUCAUGUGCCACAUCAGCCGCUUUGCUCAGUACUGCUCACUGCACGUCUCCACACUCACCUUGACCGCCAUCGCUCUCGACAGGCACCAGGUUAUAAUGCAUCCUCUAAAACCACGCAUGUCAACUACCAAAGGUGUACUCUACAUCACCGUCAUCUGGGUUAUGGCGAGCUGCUUCUCUCUUCCGCAUGCCAUCUAUCAGAAGCUCUUCAAAUUUGAAUACAGCAAAGAAAAGAUUCGGAGCUUGUGUGUCCCAAAUUUUCCAGAGCCAGCGGAUCUGUUCUGGAAGUACCUGGACCUGUCCACAUUUAUCAUGUUGUAUGUGCUACCCCUUUUAAUCAUCACUGUCACCUACACCACUGUUGCCAAGAAGUUGUGGCUUCGCAAUGCAAUCGGGGAUGUGACAACAGAGCAAUAUUUUGCACAUCGCCGGAAAAAGAAAAAGACGAUUAAAAUGCUGAUGCUGGUCGUGGUGGUGUUUGCUGUCUGUUGGUUUCCACUGAACUGUUAUGUUGUCCUUAUAUCUAGUCAAAUCAUUCGUACCAACAAUGCUCUUUAUUUUGCUUUCCACUGGUUUGCCCUGAGCAGCACUUGCUAUAACCCAUUCAUCUAUUGCUGGCUAAAUGAGAGUUUUCGUUUAGAACUUAAGUCUCUCUUAAAUAUAUUCAGAAAACAACGUGAAGUGCAGGAGCAUAUCCUUCCAUCUAUGGCCCCUUCUUACAGGUUAGCGUGGCCACAACAGAGUAAUUGCAAGAGGAGACAAGAUCCACAGAGUCUUCGCUCAAACAGUAACAUCCAGUCAGGAAAGACAGAUAUUUCAUCAGUUGAGCCAAUAGUAACGAUGAGCUAAAAAUGAGAGACCUGCCGAUUUCUAUCAUCAUCUUACGAGAGUUGUGUAAUAUCUAGUUCUAAAGAGUUCAUUUAUCACAGUGCUAUUGUACAGAAUAUUUUUAUGCUUUAUAAAACAGGUCAGCAUUAUUGAAAGUAAUUGUUCAUUAAAUAUCUUAAAUGCAACAACUUGGAUUGUUCCAAAACAUUCAUCAAUGUGCAAAUGAAGAUUAAUUAGCAUUGCCCAGGGAGGAGGAAGGGUAGUCUGGCAUUCUUACCAACCAACCACCUACACUGAAGUGGACGUAUGCUAAGGGGAGACAGGAUAAGAAGUUAUUGGUCGUAGUACCAUUAGGUGGUAGCGGAGACCCGACUAGGCCCCGAAGCUGUGGCGGAGGUAGCGGCAGCAGAGACCCGACUCGGUCCUGGAGCUGUGGCGGAGGCAGCGACCACCCGCGGAGUUUGAACCGUCGCCUCGGCGCAGAGGGAGAGCAAAGAGGGAAGAGACAGAGACUUUAGGAUUUUGCCUUCCACCGCAGUGAGGAGGUAUUUGGUGAACUCACUGUGGUGGAUGUUAAAUUUGUGUUGAUUGUGUGUUUUUGUCAUUUUUUAAAUUAUAUGUAUGACUGCAGGGAAACAAAAUUUCGUUCAGACCGAAAGGUCUGAAUGACAAUAAACGAAUCUGAUCUAAUCUAAUCUAAUCUAAAGGUGUCUGCAUCUCGGCUACGGGAAACAAAGUUUAAUUCUGACCUUCGAAACAUAGAAACAUAGAAAUUAGGUGCAGGAGUAGGCCAUUUGGCCCUUCGGGCCUGCACCGCCAUUCAAUAUGAUCAUGGCUGAUCAUCCAACUCAGUAUCCUGUACCUGCCUUCUCUCCAUAACCCCUGAUCCCUUUAGCCACAAGGGCCACAUCUAACUCCCUCUUAAAUAUAGCCAAUGAACUGGCCUCAACUACCUUCUGUGGCAGAGAGUUCCAGAGAUUCACCACUCUCUGUGAGAAAAAUGUUUUUCUCAUCUCGGUCCUAAAAGAUUUCCCCCUUAUCCUUAAACUGUGACCCCUUGUUCUGGACUUCCCAAACAUCGGGAACAAUCUUCCUGCAUCUAGCCUGUCCAAUCCCUUAAGAAUUUUGUAAGUUUCUAUAAAAUCCCCCCUCAAUCUUCUAAAUUCUAGCGAGUACAAGCCGAGUCUAUCCAGUCUUUCUUCAUAUGAAAGUCCUGACAUCCCAGGAAAGUCUGGUGAACCUUUGUACUCCCUCUAUGGCAAGAAUGUCUUUCCUCAGAUUAGGAGACCAAAACUGUACGCAAUACUCCAGGUGUGGUCUCACCAAGACCCUGUAGAACUGCAGUGCUAUCUACAACUAGGUGCUAUCUCUGUGGACCUUUUGUGUCCUUAUUAAUACUCUCCUGGGUGUUCCAGUUUUCCCCUAGGUGGGCUCCUAUUUCCUCCCAAAUCUCAAAGAUGACGGGUGUCAGAGGUUAUGGGGAGAAAGUAGGAGAAUAGGGUUCAGAGGGAGAGAUAGAUCAGCCAUGGUUGAAUGGCGGAGUAGACUUGAUGGGCAGAAUGGCCUAAUUCUCAUUCUGCUUAUAUUACUCAUGACCUUAUGACUUGGUAGCUUAAUUGACUGUUGCAAAUUAUCCCUAGUAGAGGUCGAGGUAAACAAAAGAGAAUCAAGGGGCAGCUGAAGGGCACCUGAGAAAAAGCAAGUUGCAAGUAUAUAGGAAAAUAUGGUGAGCGGUCAUGCGAUGAAUGGGAUUGCUUUGCUGAGUGGUGACGUGGAUCUGAUAGGUUGAUUCAUCUCUUUCCACCUCAUAUUAUGUUAGUUCAAUGAAAUGCAAUUAGAAGUAAGAUGGCAGGCCUUGGACAUCUGUAGAAAUGUCAGUGCCUUUAAAAUAGAACGUGGAAAUAUAGAAGAAGAAUAAAACAACUACAUCAUUGAUAUGAGUUAAAAAUACCAUGUUUAAUAUAGCUCCUUAAGGACUUUUGUUAAAAUAAUAGGAAAUCAUACCAAGCAGUUAGAGAGUAUUGGCAAAGAUGUGCAAGAGGCUGUAGGUCAAAAUCGGAACAGACUCUAUUGAAUUAUUUAACGUGAAGUCAAACUGCAGAGUUUUAAACAAGUCAUUCAACAUUAUGGGUAGAUUUUACCAACGUGCUUGUCAAGACCAUGAACUGAGAAUUCAGGCACAGAUGUCAACAGAGCUUAUUACAUUUUCCGUCAAUUUCUUUCAAUGGUUUCAACAUCCUGAGAGACCAGCUAGCCUCUGUGACUCAAAUCCUGAUGACUUGUUCUGGACACACAACAUAUUAAUGUGCAAAUUUGUAGAAUCUAUCAUGAGAAGCAUCAGGUAUUGUAUUAAGCUUGUAUUUGAUUACUGAACAUGAGCUCUAAAGAGUUUAUUCUGUUUCAUGAUCUAUUUAUAACAUCCACAGUAUGCUGAACUUCUUUAAGACAUGGAAUUUGUGUUUAUAGAUAUUUUAAUAAUUUAUAUAACUGUGUAAAAAAGAAUGCUGUGAUACCCACACUUGAUAUAAAUAUUUGCAUCUGUUACACAAACACGUGGUGUAAAAACUGCUCAUUAAAGACGAGAAUGUUUUGAAUUUUGAAGGAUUGCAUAGGAAAACCAGUAUAGAAAUUGCGAUUGGAUAAAAUGGUAACACCAAUGGCUCAAAAUGAUGCAUUAAAUAUUUUAAA